AUGAGCUCGCCGCGCUCCCUCUUCUUCAAUCUCAAACACAUCCACGCGCGGCGGAAAUGCCCAUGUCCUGGUACGCUCCAGCGUCGCAGCUUCGCAUCAUCGACGCGCCUCUAUCUCAGGACGACGGAACUUGACGACUCCAAACUUAGUGGUCUCCAAGUCAACCCUUCCCGGCUGUGGGAUACGAUCCACUCGACCGCGCAAUGGACGUCAAAGACGUUCUCCAGCGAUAUCAUGCGUGCGGGACUCUCGCGCUUGACGCUCACGGACGAGGACAAGCAGGCCCGAGACUGGUUCGUCGCCACGACUGAAUCGUUGGGUUGCAAGACCCACGUCGACCAGAUGGGGAAUAUCUUUGCCGUGCGGCCAGGGUUGAACAACGACGUGGCAGCAACGUUCGCGGGCAGUCAUCUCGACAGUCAGCCUAGUGGGGGCCGCUUUGACGGCGUGCUGGGCGUGGCUGCGGGGAUUGAGAUGUUGAGGGUGUUGAACGAGAACUGGAUCGAGACCGAGGCGCCCGUGGGCGUGGUGAACUGGACCAACGAAGAGGGUGCGAGGUUCCCGGUCAGCAUGAUGGGGAGUAGUGUUUGGGCGGGACGGAUGCCCAUCGACAAGGCGUGGGCGAGCAGAAGUGUGAGUGUCGGAGCCACGGACGCGACGGUCAAGGAGGAACUCGACAGGAUUGGAUACCUUGGAGAUGUUCCGUGCCGGGCUGGGGCCGAGGGCACGCCUUUGGGAGCUCAUUUCGAGCUACAUAUCGAGCAGGGCCCGAAGUUGGAGAAGGCGAGGCACAAGGUCGGCAUUGUCGAGGGCGUCCAGGCGUACAAGUGGUUUACUGUCACGAUUACGGGGCGCGAAUCUCAUGCUGGGACUACGGACUUUGAUUCGCGGGGCGAUGCACUGUUUUUCGCGGCGACGUUCAUCCAAAAAGUUCGCAAGAUCGCCGAGAGUCUAAAAGGCCUUGCGACCAUCGGAAUCAUGCAGGUGAGUCCUGGGAGCGUCAAUACCGUGCCGGGACAAGUCACGAUGAGCUUGGAUCUGAGGAACCCGAUCGACAGGGGGUUGAGGCGGAUGGUGACGAAGGUGGAGGAAUUCGUCGAGCUUGUCAACACCGGCACUGUGCCAAUCAGGGAGCAGCAUGAUGGGCCAAAGAAGAAGAAGACCAGCAACAAAGCAAUAACGUUUGAGGAGGAGCAGAAAUAUAGGAAGAUGCAUGAGAAUUCCCUCACAAGGAUCCAUCUGGAUUUGAAGGAAGACUUCUCAAGUGAUGCCACCAAGUUCAAUAUUGCAGCAGUCAGUUGCGUUGAAAAAAGCGCCGAGAGUUUGGUCGGGCAGGACAAGAUUCAGAGAAUUACAAGCGGAGCAGGGCACGAUAGUGUUUGUACGAACGCGCACUGUCCCACGGGUAUGAUCUUUGUGCCUUGCAAGGAUGGAGUAUCACACAACCCGAGCGAAUGGUGCCAAGAGGAGGAUUGUGCGAUAGGAGCGAACGUGCUCCUGCAUUCCGUGUUGAGGAUGGAUCGCAUGAGGAAGGAGAGAGGGGAACUCGAUUGA